AUGGGAGAUUUGAUGAAAAGACAAUUCAAUGUGCUAGACUUGUCUGGGCACAAUUUUCUGGAAUGGACUGUUGAUGCACAGAUGAAUUUAAAAGCCCAAGGACUGGACCAUACCAUAAAAGAUAUAAUGGUUCCAGGCACUAUAGAAAUCAAAACUGCCACCGAGCAGGAAAAGGCCAAAGCCACAGUCCUUAUAACUUAUAAGGAUUUUAAAUCUGUCAGUGAAUAUAACUCCACACUAUUCAAAAUUGUAUCAUUACUGAAAUACUGUGACCAAGCGGUCACAAAAGAUCAAAUGAUAGAGAAAACCCUCUCCACAUUUCAUGCGAACAAUAUUGUAUUGCAACAGCAAUACCGAGAGAGGGACUUUAAGAAAUACUCUGAGCUGAUUUCUAUACUACUCGUUGCCGAACAGAAAAACGAUCUUCUGUUGAAAAACCAUAAUCUUAGACCAACUGGGUCUAUGGCAUUCAAUGAAUCAACUGCUGUUGAAAGCUCAAACCCACCCGAGGAAAAUGUUGCUCAUAGAGGUGGACGUGGAGGAUAUAACCAUCGCGGUAGAGGACGUGGAAACCACCGCGGGCGUGGCCGUGGUCGUGGUCAUGGCAGAGUUAUCUCGCCCCUAGAGACAAUAACCAAAAAGGGCAUCAACAAGGAAAUCAAAAGCAGACCCCCUCGAAAGAAAAAGACACAUGCUUUAGAUGUGGCAUGA